AUGGAAGGUAUUGAUCUUCCUUUAAUUUCUGAUGAUGAAGAAUUGGACUACGAUUUGCUUGAUGCUCCUGACAUUCCAUCUGGAUUUAAAGUACAAGCAGCGGUAAGUUCUUUUUGUAAUUUAUAG